AUGUCCGCCUCUCUCAGAUCCGUUGCGCCGUUCCUCCGGACGGCGCGCGCCUCGCUGCGCCAGGGCAAUGUCAGCCCCCUUCAGGCCGCCCUGAAGAGAAAGAACGUCUCUCCCGUCCUCAACAUCUACCGCACAUACGCUGUUUUCGAGCGGACAAAGCCCCACGUCAACAUUGGUACCAUUGGCCACGUCGACCACGGAAAGACCACUCUGUCCGCCGCUAUCACCAAGAGACAGGCCGAGAAGGGCCUCGCCAACUUCCUCGAGUAUGGUGCCAUUGACAAGGCUCCCGAGGAGCGCAAGCGUGGUAUCACCAUCUCCACCGCCCACAUCGAGUACUCAACAGACAACCGCCACUACUCCCAUGUCGACUGCCCCGGUCACGCCGAUUACAUCAAGAACAUGAUUACCGGUGCCGCCAACAUGGACGGUGCCAUUAUCGUCGUCGCUGCUUCCGACGGUCAGAUGCCCCAGACCCGUGAGCACUUGCUGCUCGCUCGCCAGGUCGGUGUCCAGAAGAUUGUCGUCUUCGUCAACAAGGUCGACGCCAUCGACGACCCCGAGAUGCUGGAGCUCGUCGAGAUGGAGAUGCGCGAGCUCCUUAGCACCUAUGGCUUCGAGGGUGACGAGACCCCCGUCAUCAUGGGUUCCGCCCUCAUGGCCCUUAACAACCAGAGGAACGACAUCGGCAACGAAAAGAUUGACGAUCUCCUCAAGGCCGUCGAUGAGUGGAUCCCCACCCCUAGCCGUGACCUCGAGAAGCCCUUCCUCAUGUCCGUCGAGGACGUCUUCUCCAUCUCCGGCCGUGGUACCGUCGUCAGCGGCCGUGUCGAGCGUGGUCUCCUGAAGAGGGACACUGAGGUUGAGAUUGUCGGCAAGGGCGACGUUAUUAUCAAGUCCAAGGUUACCGACAUUGAGACCUUUAAGAAGUCCUGCGAGGAGUCUCGCGCCGGUGACAACUCCGGCCUCCUCCUCCGUGGCGUCAAGCGCGAGGACAUCCGCCGUGGUAUGGUCGUCUGCAAGCCCGGUACCGUCAAGGCCCACUCCCGCUUCCUCACCUCUCUGUACGUGCUCUCCAAGGACGAGGGCGGCCGUCACACCGGCUUCCACGAGAACUACAAGCCCCAGAUGUACCUCCGCACCGCCGACGAGUCCGUCACCCUUAACUUCCCUGAAGGCACCGAGGAUGCCAGCACCAAGAUGGUCAUGCCCGGUGACAACGUCGAGAUGGUUGCUACCCUGCACAACCCUAGUGCCAUUGAAGUCGGUCAGCGUUUCAACGUCCGUGAGGGUGGCCGCACCGUCGCCACUGGUCUCAUUACCCGCAUCCUGGAAUAA